AUGUCAACAGAAAUUACAAGAAGAAAAUUAAUAAUAGUAGGAGAUGGAGCAUGUGGUAAAACUUCAUUAUUAUAUGUAUUUACGUUAGGUGAAUUUCCAACAGAAUAUCAUCCAACAAUAUUUGAAAAUUAUGUAACAGAUUGUAGAAUUGAUGGAAAACCAAUACAAUUAGCAUUAUGGGAUACUGCAGGACAAGAAGAAUAUGAAAGAUUAAGACCUUUAAGUUAUAAUAAUUCAAAUAUUAUAUUAAUUGCAUUUGCUUUAGAUACUCCUAUAUCUUUAGAUAAUACAAGAACUAAAUGGGUUGAAGAAGUUAAAAAAUAUUGUCCAAAUACUCCUUAUUUAUUAUGUGGUUUAAAAAAGGAUUUAAGACAAAAUGCUAGUAAUGCUAACAUUAAUUCUGAUUUAUCAAAAAAUAUAAUAAAUUUACAAAAUCAUAUAAAUAAUACUAACAACGAACUAAAUAAAGAUCAUUUUAAUUAUGGUAGAAGACAAACUGGAUAUGUUUCAUAUGAACAAGGUGAAGCAAUGGCUAAACAAAUUCAUGCUAAAGCUUAUAUGGAAAGUUCUGCAUUAACUGGUGAAGGUGUUGAUGAUAUAUUUGAAUAUGCUGUAAGAGUUAGUUUAAUGCAAUCUCAAAAAUCAAAUGAUGGAUGUUGUACAAUAUUGUGA